UUGCAAUCUGUCACAAAAGUGUCAAGCAAAUUAAAAUGUCAACUUGCUUUGUGGUGUCGUAUUUGUGUGUUUAGAUGUAAUUUUUAAUAAAAAAUAAUUAUACUGACAAUAUAAUGUUCGACAAUGGCUUCGGUAAAAGUGGCUGUAAGGGUUCGCCCAUUCAAUCAAAGGGAAAAGGACAUGGGUGCCAAACUCAUUGUCCAGAUGGAUGCCAAGAAGACAAGGCUUCUUACAGUAAAAAAUAGCAAAGAGCAAAAUGACGGCGGGCGGGAGAAGUUCAAGGACUUCACGUUCGAUCACUCGUACUGGUCGUACGACGCCGACGACAAACACUAUGCGUCACAAGAGCAGGUGUCUGAAGCGAUGGAAACCGCAGUGCCGCCCAAGGCCGGUGUCGCCGCGGGCUGA